CAUCAAACCAAAAAUUUCAAGCCCGCGUACUUGAUUUGAUCUACUGCUCCACCCUCCUUCAACUCUUGACUCUGUCAACAUCACGAACAAUCUCGACAUUCUGAUCAGCACAAGCAGUCAAAAUGCCGAGCCACAAGUCCUUCCGAACGAAGCAGAAGCUCGCCAAGGCGCAGAAGCAGAACAGACCCAUCCCUCAAUGGAUCCGACUCCGUACUGGUAACAGUAUAAGAUACAAUGCCAAGCGAAGGCACUGGCGCAAGACCCGUCUCGGCAUCUAGAUGCCUUUCUACGACCCCAUCUGCAUCGGUUACAUCUGUUCCUGGGCGCUCUACCGAUUUUCGACAUGUCACCGUCACUAUCACAAAACUCGGCGACUAGGCGAUGUGUGGGGUACGGAACUAGCAGUGGAUGAUUCAAACAUCGGUUGACAUUGUUUCGGUGGACUUUCUAGGCAGACAAUGGUAACCCUCGAUGUCAGAGGGGAAAACAUGGUGGCUCUGCAGGCGAAUCGGUUUUCUUCAGGGCUCAUCAGUUCAGAUUUGCAUGGCACCGGUCAAUAGGGAAUGAACAAACACGUUUGCGGAAAAUAAACGUGAUUACGAAAACACUUAUUCUACGAGUUGAACUGACGUAUACGUGAUUGACGCAUCAAGGCCUACCGUAACAGUUCAAAUUUAACGACCACCAAUAAUCAAGUCCGAA